CAUUUUAAAUCAAUUUGUAUAAUAUUUUGAUCACAAAGCAAAGAGUCUGGUAUUACUGAAUACCCUUAUUAUUUGUUUGGACAUAUUCAAUCUGAAUCACCAACACAUGUUACAUCAGGAGAGAUGGAAGCAGCUACUGUAGUUUCUCUCACCAUGGCAGUACUUUCAGGAUAUUGUGCUGGUCUAGGAGUGCUUCCACCUGGACCCGUGAAUGGAACAUUGGGAGGAAAUGUGAUUUUCAAAACCACCAUCAAUCCAACCACACUUAGUACAAUUGCCUGGACCUUUGGUGAUCCCCCUGUUUCCAUUGUUGACUUUCUCAUCUCUGAAGGUCCUGUGACCGGAGUGGGAUAUGUUGGUAGGAUCAGUCUGGACAAUAGCACUGGAUCUCUGGAGCUCAGGAAACUGACCCUGAAUGACAAUGGAACAUACAGAGUGAGCCUAAGAAAGGCUGGUGUUAUUCAGGUGGGAAAUACGUCACUGAAUGUUUAUGAGACCAUUUCAAACGUGACUCUGAGGGCCAACGUCAUUGAUCUAGUGGAACUGAAUGACACUGCCAUUUUCACCUGCUCUGUGUCCUCUGGCUCCUCCCCCCUCUCUUACCACUGGCUGAAUGGCAGCUCUGAGGUCACAGCCAGAUAUGGAAUUCAGCUUGGUGAUGGAGGCCGUACUCUCACCAUAGCCAAUGUGACCCGGUAUUACCAGGGGCCAUACAGGUGUAUUGUGGCCAACCCCGUCAGUAGUGAACCCAGCCAGAAUCUAACCCUCACCAUCAGCUAUGGACCAGAAAACCCAAUAAUGAAGGUGACCCCUCUAGAUGUGCUGUAUGGAUCAGGGUCAACCCUUACUCUGUCCUGCUCCUCUGAGUCCAGUCCUCCUGCCCAGUUUCAGUGGGCUCUGAAUGGAACACUGCUGUCCAAUCAGGGACCAGAACUCAGGCUGGAGAAUAUCCAGGCCAGUCAGAGUGGUAGCUACAGCUGCUGGGCCCAUAAUACCAGAACCCUGAGGUAUCAGACAUCUGAGCCCUAUGACAUCACUGUGCUGGAUCUAAUAUCUGGUGCUAUCAUAACAACUUCCCCAAAUCCUCCAAUCAUCGAGGGGAAUUCUGUCACCUUAACAUGUGAUGCUUCUGGCUCCAUCAUCAGCAGAGAGUGGAUGAAGGAUGGUCAGCUUCUCUCUGCUGGUGGCAACAUGAUCAUCUCUGAGGAUAAGAGAGUGCUGUCCAUAAACCCUGUGAAGAGAACAGACAGUGGAGAAUACCUGUGUAGAGUCAGCAACCCCAUCAGCACCGCUGAUGCUAAACACGAUCUCAUUGUAAACUAUGGACCUGAUGGUAUGGAAAUCAAGGGUCCAACUGAAAUAAAAGUAGGACAGAAGUUUACAUUGACCUGCUCUGCUGACUCCAACCCCCCUGCUAGUUACACCUGGAUGCUCAAUGGAACAGAGAUACCUGGACAUUCACCUGAGUUCACUAAAGAGAAGAUGGAGGACUAUUUAUCACCAGGUCUGCCUGCUGGUGCCAUCGCUGGUAUUGUGAUUGGAGUAUUGCUGGUUGUAGGAGGGGCAGUUGGUGUUGCAGUGUUCUUCAUCAGGAAAAAUGGAACCAAUGCUGAGCCAAUGCAUCAAGGAGGCUCUCAACAACCAGUAUAUGAGGACCUAUCACCUGUAUAUGAGAACACAAGACAAAAUCAAUCUCCACCUCUACCCCUGACACUUUAUCCCAAAUAAUGAAAUGCAGGACUUCAAGAGUACAUAUGAUACUAGGAUAAUGUAAGAGAAGUCAAUGGAAAAUACCUCCAUUCAACCACCAUUCUCCAGUGAGUUCCAUCAUCAACACAUAGAACACCUGCAUGAUAACACCCAGUGUGGAUCUGUAAUAUAAUGCACAUAAUCAAUGCAUUUAUCUUAUAUUUGAUUGUCUGCUUUAUUGUGUAGUUUGUUAUCAAAGUAUAUAAAACAUUAUAUACUGUAAAUUUGCAAUAUGAAGCGUAAUGUGGGUUCUGUAAUGCUUUAUUGUGUAGUUUGUUAUGAAAGUAUAUAACACAUUAUGUACUGUAAAUUUGCAACAUGAAGCGUAAUGUGGGUUCUGUAAUGUUAACAAUGUAAUGUAAACAGUCAUUAUAAGUAUUUACAGUACACUGUAUUGUGAAGUGUGUAGCC